UUUGCAAUAACUGACACCUGACAGUCCUGACACAACUAACAAACAAACAAAAGCAAAACAAAUCAACAGAAAUCAACACUGAACAAGUGAACGCACCAAAACAAAACACACUUUAAUUAAAUUAGUUAAUUUUAUUGGUCACAGUAUAGUUCAAAACAAAGAGUAAAGUGUAAACUAAAAAAUAUUAAACUAAAUAAGUUAAAACAAUAAAUACCUACGUGAUGCACUAAUGAAUGCAUGAGUCAUUGCUAUAGGCAUUAGGCUGAAAAGCUGAAACUGAAAGAGCAAUGGAAUUUGAAGUAGUAUCGUCGUUUUUUUCUUCUGAGAACCAAUCCGAUGAUUUGAGUGAUGAAUUUCUUGAAUUAGUAGACGAAUUAAAUGAGGCUCUAACAUUAUUCCAAUUACCGACAGCUGUGAAGUGCGUGUACAAUCCAACCAUUUAUGCGAGACAUACAUUUGAAAUGUAUGCUCGAAAAUAUUGUAACACAAAGAAAAAAAUAAUGUUUUUUGGCAUGAACCCUGGACCCUGGGGUAUGUCUCAGACCGGGGUACCGUUUGGUGAAAUCAGUUCAGUAAGGGAUUGGUUAGGUAUUGAAGGUCCAGUUGGAAAGCCUCCUCAUGAGAUUAAAGAGCGACCUGUUGAUGGUUUUAACUGCAAAAGGACAGAGGUGAGCGGAAAACGAUUUUGGGGAUUGAUAAAAUCAGUUUGUCAAACACCAGACAAAUUUUUUGCUACAAGUUUUGUUUAUAAUUACAUUAACCAACAGUGGAUGAAGAGUAAUGGUUGCAAUCUUACACCUGGAGAUUUUAAGGUAUCUGAAAUGGAACCUUUAUAUAAUAUUUGUGACCCAAUUUUUGUAAAAUUAUUAAAACUAUAUGAAGUGGAGAUUGUGGUGGCUAUUGGAAAAUUCUGUGAAACCAGGGCUCAGAAAGCUAUUAAGAAAUAUUUGCCUUCAAGUUCAAUUAAGAUAUUGUAUUUAUCCCAUCCAAGUCCUAGAAGUGUGAAUAAUAAUAAUUGGGAAGAAAAAGCAUUGGCAGAAUUAAAUAAACAUGAUUUAUUAAAAUAUUACACCUAAGUUAUGAUCUAAGAGCUUGUCAUAGAUCCAGGAUGUAGCCAUAUGGCACAUAGAUUCGCUUUCUACAAACACUCUCCGAAAACUAAACAAAUAUAUGGGAAUGGUAGAUCCACUUGAUAACUGAAAAUGUCAUUCCAACACAUUUUUUAAUUUUCAAAGGGUUUAUUAUUCUUUACAAGUUAGCCCUUGACUACAAUCUCGUCUAAAGGUAAGUGAUGAUGCUAUCUAAGAUGGCUAACUUGUAAAUAGGAGGAUGAAAAUGUUAUUAAAUGAAAACUUUCAGUUUCUUUAUGACAGAAUGCUAAGUUGUAGAGUAACGCUAUGUUGGUAGAGUAGUAACUAGCCACGGCCAAAGCCUCCCCCAAGCCAAAAGUUAACGAUUGUAGAAAGAGCAUCAACGUACCAAAUGGCUACAAGCACCUUGGUCAAAAUUCUAUAGUUAUUUUUAAAUCUUGCCAAACUUCUAGUCCACUCUGAAAACAAUAUGUAUGACUAAUACGCGGCAUACAUAAAUUUUUAGACAUGGUAAAAUACUAAAAUAUCAAACUUUAAGUAUCUUUGUGUUAUAAUAGUCUUCCAACUCAACUUUAGUUGAGGUCUUCCAACUGCUAAAGCAUACCUUGGUUUUAAUUUUAUGGGUUUUUGUGACAUAGGAAGUAUCAUUGACAUGUAUAAAUUGUCCAUUAUUCACGUGAUGUUUUUUCAGAAGCUUUUAACCCUCCCAUUUGGCGACUUAAGCCCCUUUUACUUUAAGUCCUCCAAAACCACAUGUAUUUUUGGAAACUCCAAAUAAUCUGGAAAAUUAGCAAGACUUUCUUCAAGAGUAUGGUGGUUAAUUGUGUUGUGUGUAGCUGUUGGCAAAGUCAGAAUCAAAAUUAAUUUAUUUUCAAUAGGCUCAGUUUACAAGCACUUUCUUGUUAUGGUGAUAAGUAAAGUCGAAAACUUAAAUUACUAGGAUACCAGACUGCUCUGUGUUUUGUCAAAGAUCAAGUCUCGUGAUUAAUGGACAAUCAAUAAACUAUCCCUUAUUAUUAAGUUUUACGUGUUGAUUAUCUUUAAUUUUCUAAUCAUAUAUUCUAUUAUAAGUUUAUCUAUUAAGAGAUUUGAUAUGUGAUAUUGAUUAAGUAUAAUUUUGACGUUAUUAUGUUAAGAACAAGAAUUUUGAAUUUGAUUGUGAUACCUUUUUUUUACGGAAAUAAUUUAUUUGUUUUUUAAAUUUAAACUAUACUCAGAGGCACAAUUUCAUUAUUCGCCCCCUUUAAUAAGACGCGAGUAUAUUAAAGUGGGCGGAUAAUUGUGCCUCUGAGUAUAUAAGAGUACUAUUAGUAUUUUGUAUCCCUUAAAGAAAAGAUGGGUGUUUAUGAUAUUUACUCGCAUUUAUGCAAGCCAUAAUAUUAGAAAUAUCAAUAAACUGAUUUUUGAAA